UAACUUUAUCAUGAUUAUAAUACGAGUUAUAACUACUUAUAACUGUAAUAAUAAUAAAUUGUGAUCUUACGUCUUGUUUAUUCAUCCGUUUGUGUUCGGAUUGACAAUUACUCGACUAAUAUCAUUGUGGAUCUGUUGUUGUUGGUCUUACAGUUUGCGUUUUAUGAAAAUUGUAAUGCCGUAUCCAUAUUAUUUUAGGAAAUUAAAAUGUCAAUAGAAUAUUGAAUUAGUAUUGACGUGUAGUGUAUUCACAGUCUACAUUACCGACCACAUUUCUAGUACUUACACUGUUCCAUUGGAUUGCAUUUGAGCGUCUUAAAUGGAUGGUAAAUGUUGACUUGCAUGAAUAUUAAUUAUAUGCUUAGUAUUUAUUAAGGAAAAGAGCCAACUUGAUUUAUUACAAUUACUAUGGAAUCUAAAGAAUCUAAAAACUCAGGGUCUACAGACAAAUCAGAUCAAGAUGAUGUAUUCGUUGAAAAUGGUAUAUCUAAAAAAGUCGAUAAAAAUAAUGCGAAAGGUAAAAAACGUAGAAAGUGUUUACGCGACAAAACAGCUCCAAGACCUCCACAUUCUGGAUACAUACGAUUUUUAAAUGAUAGACGUGACCAAUUUCGUUCCGAAAAUCCUAAUUUACCAUUUGCUGAAAUAACCAAAGAGUUAGCUGCCGAAUGGAAUCAGUUGCCGGCAGAUAAAAAACAACAUUAUCUCUCAGCAGCUGAACAAGAACGAGUAAAAUAUGUUGAAGAAUUAGCAGCUUAUAGAAAGACUGAUGCAUACAAAAAUUUUAUACAACGCAAAAUGAAAAAAAAUAAAGUUAAUACUCAGAUUCAAGAAGAUCAAGAAUUUAAAAAAGAAAAAUCAUCUGUUGAUACCAAAUUAAAAAAGGAUCAAGAAUCAAAAAAAGAAAAAUCAUCUGGUGAUACCAAAUUAAAAAAGGAUCAAGAAUUAGUAAAAGUAAAAUCAUCUAAUGAUAACAUUAACACAGUAUACGACAUACCAAUAUUUACUGACGAAUUUUUAAAUUUUAGUAAAGGUAGAGACAGUGAUCUAAGGUACCUCCGUAAAACGGUAACAGAUCAAGAACAAGAAGUAGCCGUUUUGGAUAAACAUAUUGAAAACAUGAAAAAUGGUAUUGUAAAAUUAGAGGCUAAUACUGAAAAACUCCAAGCUGGAUGUUCAAAGUAUGAAGAGCAUUUAAUUAAAUUACGACCUUUACUUCUAAAUGCUUUUGCUGGUAUUUCAUUCCCAGAUAACAUUGAGCCACCUACCAAUGAAACUAUUGACACAUUUAUGGUUAAUUUAGCCACCACUCUAACGACUGCUACUGGUACUGAUACUGAUCCCUCCUGGAUUGAAGAAGUAAAAAAAGCUAUUUCUAAUUUGGAUUUUUCAUAAUUUUACAAUAAAUUAUAUUUUUUUAUAUUAAACUUAGUCAUACAUUUUCUGAUUAUGACUUUUUCUUAAAACUUUUUUAUUUAAUAUUUUUAUGUGAUAUAAUUUUUAUUUCAAACAACAAAGAAAAUCCAUUCACUGAGGUAUGUAUAAUAUAUAUAAUAUGUACUGCAAGUGGAAUAAAAAUUUUCAUUUAUAUUUUUAACGAAGUGAUUUAUAAAAAUAAAUACCAUUAAUUUUACAAUGA